ACCGGAUCAGAGCGGGGACGCAGUCCGGCUGUUGUUGACGUCUGCUUCGGUUAAAAAAGGCAGAGGAAGGACGCUGCCGCUGGAUCAUCUACACUGCAACGCAUCUGCGCAGCACAAACAGCGACGAAGAGGCUUUUGAAAACAUCAACACCAAUGUUUCCUAAAAUGCCGUUUUCCGUUAACGGCAUCCUUUGCACGCUCGCGCUGCUGGUCCUGUGGCGGGCGGACGAGCUCGUGGAAGCGUGCAGCUGCGCUCCGGUACAUCCGCAACAGGCGUUCUGCAACGCCGACGUAGUGAUUCGAGCAAAGGUGGUAGGAGAGAGAGAGGUGGAUGCUGGGAACGAUAUCUAUGGGAACCCCAUCAAGAGGAUCCAAUAUGAUGUCAAACAAAUAAAGAUGUUUAAGGGGCCGAACCAGGACAUUGAGGCGGUCUUCACUGCUCCAGUGUCUGCUGUCUGUGGUGUUACUCUGGAUGUCACUGGCAAGAAGGAGUACUUGAUCUCAGGCAAGGCCGAAUCUGGUGGGCGCAUGCAUGUGACCCUGUGUGAUUACAUCAUGCUCUGGGACUCCUUGAGCCCCACCCAGAAGAAGAGCCUCAGCCAGCGCUACCAGAUGGGCUGUGACUGCAAGAUUGUGCGCUGUCCCUCUCUGCCCUGUGAGAUUUCUGCUCCUGAGGAAUGUCUGUGGACGGACCUGAUGAUUGAGAAGCAGGUGCACGGACGCCAGGCCAACCACUACGCCUGCGUUAAGAGGUCAGAUGGCUCCUGCUCCUGGUACCGCGGCGUUGCACCGCCCAAGAAGGAGUUUCUGGAUGCUGAGGACCCUUAGUCACACAGCACACGCGACUCCCCGCUGCACAGAGAUAAAUGUAAAUGACUUAAUUGACAAGUUAAGAGUUCACAAUGAGGCAAAGUGAUUUUAAUAUCUUAUAUCUUAAAUAAUAUCUUAGCUUAUGUGACCAAAAUUACCUGCUGGUCUGAAAACAACCUUCAGCCUCUCGUUCAUGAGGCUCAGAAAUUAUUCUCAGACACAGCAUCUCUUGUAAAAACAUCCAAAAGCAUCAUGAUGAUGUAACUUCCUCCUGAGGCUGGCGUCAGGGGGGUGUAAAUUCUUAGUGAGACAGAGCACUUCCUGCCCCACAAACAGCUCUGCUAUCCAUCGAUAAGUCCCGCAAUCAUUCCUUAUCCAACAUGUUUCUGCUUUUAUUACCUCAUUCUCCAUUUUAUUCCAAAGCAAAUUUCGAAUUUGCCUUUUUUUUCUUUUUUCUUGUUUAAUUUUAAAGCUUGUCUCCCUGAACACCAAAUUAUGCUUCCUUAUUUGAUCUGCUUAGCCACAGGCAGACGCCCCCAAUGUGCUUUCUUUAAAAAGAGCAUGAUUCAUCUUGCAUGGCUGAUAAUAUUUUCUGGUUUCUUUCAGUGAAUUUUUUUUCUUGUAGUUAUUUUAAAUGAAGCCUGUGGCCAUCACAGGCAUAGACUGGUGCAGUGGUCAAGUAAAACUGCUCCUCUUCACCAACCCGCAGUCCAAUCACAAACCUCCCUGCUUUCUUCUUUAUCCUUUAAUUCAUUUCCAUGUUAUGUAGCUGUACAGUACCUAUGCAUAUACUUUUGUUGUUAAUUGAUAAUUAUUAUUUACUGCAUUAGAACUAGAUUUGCACUUUUUGAGGAUGAGUUUCAGUAAAGGCAAGAACCUGAACACUCUGAUGUGAAAGUUAUCGCCCGAGCAGACCGACAGAUCCACCUCAGGUGCAGAUUUUGCCUACUUUGAGAGCUUUUGGUGAUCCGCAUUCACAAACACAAGCUGAUUCUUGCUAUAUUCAUCAUCAAACAUAAUAUAAUAACUUGUAGUAAAAGUUUGAAACACAAAAGAAAACAGUGGAUGUGUGAGAAGUUAAAGGAUCUUUUUGCAGAUUUUAUGUGUGAAACAGAAACAAGAGCUUGUGGGAUAUUUCAGUGUCUUUGUAUUCUCUGUUGAUUGUAAAUGCAAGCAGCAGUUUCAUGAUUUUCUUGCAGAUGGUUCAUUUCACAAGUAAUACAGUCUUUACGUGCUUAAUGUUAGCUUUGACUCGUCUUUCAAGUUAUUAAAUGAAAGCUUUAUCGCUGUACUAGAAAGCAAGUUACUCAAUCAAAGUUUACAGUGCUGUUUUAUACACCUCAAGCUACGUUAACUAAAAAUAUAUAUAUAUGAUGGAGUAUUAGAGGCAUAAUUUAAAAGUAAACUCUCCAAUUUCCUUUACUUUGUAAUUUUUCAGUGUUAUUAUACAGUACCUGUCAUGAUUUUUGUGUGUUUUCACUGUCUUUGUCCAACAAUGUUUUUAGCCGUCUUGUCAAGAAGGUCCUCUUGCGCUGGAGUAACGUGAGAGUGAGAGCGAUUAGUCCUUUUCGGAGGGGUGUAGAGAAAUGAGAAAUGGGUACUUUGUGUGAAUAGAGGACUGUGCAUGUGUUUGAUGCUUUAUGUAAGUCCAGGCAAAGGACAAAAUAUUCAGUAUUAUCAAAUAAAAAACAAGUUUGAAAGAG